CAACGUAAACGCAAGGCAGCAGCAAGCUGUGUGCUGCUGAUGCAUGAUCCAUCUUCACUCUGCCAGCAAACAAAUAUGCGUUUUCAAAACUUGCGUAAUUUUUUUUUUGUCCUUUUUUGAAUCACAAUGCCACGAAGAAAAAGAAGAAGUUUCAUUCCCAGAAAUUUAGAAAUGAAAUGAAUCACCUCUUUCUCUCUCUCUCUCUAUACAAGGAAGGAAGAGCGCAUGAUUAAAGAACCCACCUUCCCAAUCCAACGUGUCACUUAUUCAUUGGUUCAUUCCCUCUCGUCGGGAUUCAUACCAACACACCAAUAAACACUACCAGUCACUCUCACUCCUCUCACUUUCUCUCUCUUCUUUUUUUGUUUUCUCUUUCUUCUCAAUUUUGUGUUUUUCUCUUCCUACAAUUCCCCCAUUUUCUCCGCUAUCUUUUCACCUUUACUCAUGAAAUUCGCACAUUCGUAACAAGCAAUGCACGAUCUUCAUUAAGAUUAUUUCAAUUUUCAGAAUUAGACAAAAUGAUUGAAGCAAUGGAAAGUUCAGUUAACGGUGGUGGUGGUUUCGCGACUCAUUUGCAAAGCUUUGGUGGUGGUGGUGGUGAUAGUAGUGAAGAGGAACUGUCUGUGUUACCUCGUCAUACUAAGGUUGUUGUUACUGGAAAUAACCGUACAAAAUCGGUUCUUGUUGGUCUUCAAGGUGUUGUUAAGAAAGCUGUUGGAUUAGGUGGUUGGCAUUGGCUGGUUCUUACUAAUGGAAUUGAAGUGAAGCUGCAAAGGAAUGCUCUUAGUGUGAUUGAAGCACCCACUGGCAACGAAGAAGAUGAUGACCUUGAAUUUGAUAACGUGCAAUGGAAUGGAUCAGAUAUGGCAUCAGACGAUACACACAAGUCUCACAAAUCGAGGCACAGAAUGCAUAGAUCAUUGGGAUCAUGUCACAAGACCAUGAGUAGGUCCUUCUCUGGUGAUUCACAGUCUAAGGGGUCCGUUACUAUGCCUCAUGGGUCCACGAAAGUUGACUUGAGCAAACUUGAAAUGGCUGCAUUGUGGAGAUAUUGGAGACAUUUUAAUCUUGUGGAUGUCGUCCCAAACCCAUCAAAGGAGCAGCUAGUAGAUGUUGUUCAGAGGCAUUUCAUGUCCCAGCUGCAAAUGGACGAGUUGCAGGUCAUUAAGGGAUUUGUCAAUGCUGCAAAGAGGAUCAAGACUGUGUGCAAAUGAGAUUGGAAUAACGCAAUGUUAAAUAGUAUUGUCUAUGCUAACAUAGAUAAUGUAUUUAGUGUUCACCUCCCUUCGUACGUACUAUGUUACAUAUUAAUCGGGAAUUUGCAUAUUUCUGAUAUAGUAGUAGGUUAAUAGUUUAAGGUUAUAGAGGUACUAAUUACUCUUUCAUGGCCACCCAGUUAUUAUGUAGAUAUAUGUGACCUUGAAACUGGUCGUAAGGGAAGUCUCCAAGGCUUUCUUUUCGAAGUUCGAUUCGAUGUAUUGCUGACCUGCUGGGAAGUGAGCUUUUAGAGACCUUAAUGUAUAUAUUAGUAAUUAGUAGUAAUAUAUUAGUUUCUCUUCACUUUGAUUCUUCAUA